CACUCGAGGGAAAAGGUUUAAACCACACCCGACGACAUGCACGCACUCACUCACUCACUCACACACACACACACACACACAUAUACACAUAUACACACAUAAGCACACAUAAGCACACAUACAUAAACACGCUGCACGCAGGGGGCGGCCGUCAGCUUCGUGCGACUCGGUCGGAUAAUAUAACAUUAGGCCGGACGGGACUCCGCGUCUUCGCGAGUAAGAUGGAGACAAUCUGCGCCUACACGACCUCAACAUCCACGUCGUCACGAAGGGGGAAGGGGGGGGGCCGCCGACGGUAUGAGAUGAGAGAUGAGAUGACAUUACAUGAGCCGGUGGGGGGAGGUUGCUUGGAUGUGGUGUCACCACGCACACAAGACUUAUGAGGACUGGCCAUGCAGACGCAGACUCUUGCCGUCCGUCAAUCAAUCAAUCAAUCAAUCAAACCCGCCGCCUCAUUUCUCCUUGUCGAGGGCGACCUCGUCAACUGACCAACGGUCAAAAGAACCUCCUCCUCCUCAUCAUCCUCCUCAUCCCGCGCCUGGCGCUACCCCAGACCACGCCUAUCUCAAGCCCGUUUCCCCAGCCCGGCCCCCAACCCAUCUUCUUGAACCUAUCUCCCACCCAUCCAAGUCCGUGAAAGCCGCCAACCACUUAGUCCAGUCCAUCACGCCUCUUUCUUCACCCGCCACCGCUGCACUGGACCGGACCGAGCUGCCCAAAGCCCCGGCCCUCUCCGACCACCCCAUCCAUCAACCUACGAGUCCAAAAAAAUCCCCGCUUCCUGGUCUGGUCUGGUCUGGUCUAGCGAAAGAAAUCCAUAACAAAGUCCGAACAGCUAGCGUAGCUAGAAGUGGGGGGGUCGUGAACAACGCAUGCGAUCAGCGAGCGAUCAGGUCCGGGACCCUCUUUAUCUCUUCGCUUUCCUUAUUCCUCCCCCCGACGUGGCAUGACAUGUCUUGCUUGUAUCGCCGUCUGGUUCGUUCAGGACGCGCUACUUAGCGCGGGCUCGCCAGAGACCCCAAGGACGACGAGAAAAGGAAAAAGUCACACACGGGGGCAAAGACGAAGUCGGCCGCUUCCUCGGCUCCGGCACUCAACCGUCCCUCUUGGCAUACAAACGAU